ACACUUAUAUUCGCACAUCAGCAGCAUCCAUACCCAAUACCCCGGAUGGAUCAUGAGGGUUUAUCACAACGUUUCGAAAGAGGAUACUAUUGUCAACACCAUGUUUUGUAGGCUCUCAUGCGCGUUUCAACAUGUCGACUUCUGCCACGUGAAGUACCUGCCUAAUAAUAUCGACCUAAUGGGAAAAGGGGUUGUGGGGCGUAUGUGGAGGUUUGCUGUCAUGGGCGACCCUACCGUGUCAACCUUCCUUGUCAGGGACAGUGACAGCAUGAUCAUCGAGCGGCAGGUCCGGGCAGUGCAGGAAUGGCUGGCGUCAGGCAAGGGCUUCCACGUCAUGCGCGACCAUCCUAAUCAUCAUGCUAUCAUGCUGGCAGGCCUCUGGGGGGGACACAACAGGAACCUUUCGCUGCUGAGGAAAGUCCGAGACGAUAUCUUCGCUCAGCCCACCAACCUGACCACCAAGUUUGAUCAGUACAUGCUGGCCACGAAGCUUUGGCCGCACAUCAAGGGCGACGUCUUACAGCACGACAGCUACAACUGCCUCCAGGCUGGCCACGAAGGAUCACUGCCCUUUCCGGUCAGACGCCUUGACGGCCUCUACUGCGGCUGGGGGCCUACCAAGCUGCGGGAGAGGAAGGUCGUCCUCGACACGAAAUGCCCCCUCGAGUGCAGGCCCAAAGACCACAAGGAUUGGAACUACUGCUAGGUGGAGCGUGUUGUGACAGAGGGUUGAAUACACAUAUGCAUGCAUAUGUUUGUAUAUACAGUGU